CAACCAGGGACCAGACAAACACCGGAGACUGAGGUACAGCAGUGAACUGAGCAAUGGAAGGUGGAAGUGAGGGAGGAGGUGAGGAGGCGAGUAGGAUGACCAGUGGGCAGUCAGAUGCCCCUGACGCUGCAGAAGAUUCUGGAGUCAAUGUUCCCAUACCUGAGGGUGGCUCAGAGGAACAGGCGGGCACCGAUCAGACUGUCUCCCAUUCCCUCAUGGGAGUCAGUGGCACUGAGCUGGCACUUCUGGAGCCAAGUGGAUCAGAACAGUAUGAUGGAGGUCAGCUGGUGCCCCUGCCCCCGUACCCCUCCCAGCACUUCUCAGAGAGCCAGGGAGAGGGGACCCAGCGGGGCUACAACGAGGAGGACGACGGAGACGAACUGGUGGUGUUGGAUCCAGAUCACCCAUUGAUGAAAAGGUUCCAGUCCGUCCUCAAGGAUCAUCUCAGUAAACAACUAGAGAGACUCAAUAUGGAUCUACAAGAGAAGGUGGCUAUGGAGAAGGUGGAGGCUGCGCAGCGUGAGGGCCUGGGUGUGCAGCUGUACUCGGUGCAGCUGGAGUUGGCCCGGUUGCAGGCCAGGCUGGAGGAGCACCACGAGGCCAACAUGCAGGUCUCCACGCAGCGCCGUCAGCUCCAGCAGCAGCUGGACUUCACCAAGUUCCAGCACCAGAACACCACCACGCAGGCUGGCAAGCAGCGCGCACGGGUGACACAGCUGCAGACUGAACUGGAGAGUUUGGCCACGCGUCUCCUCUACAUGCAGGAGGUAAGCGAUGACCUGCGCUCGGACAUCGCCGUCAUGAAGAACGCCUCCCGCAAGGCGGAGACCGAGAAGACUCAAGCAGAGAAGCAGAAAUAUAACCAGGACCUGUAUGUGGAGCGGCUGACCAAGAACAUGGAGAAGCUGACGGAGGAGAUCGCCAUGUAUGAGGUGCAGGCUGCUGCCCAGUCAGAGGAGACCCAGGCUGCCAAGCAGGCCCUGGCUGAGGCUCAGAUGGAGAUGGAGGCUCUGGAGGUGGAGAAUAAGCAGCUGAUGCAGCAGUGGAACAGCAGCCUGCUCGGCAUGAAGAAGAGAGACGAGGCCUACACAGCCAUGCAGGAUGCUCUCAGCCAGGGCAGUCACGAGGUUCGCUCUCUGGACACCGAGAUCGAUGGCUUCAAGAAGUCCAUCACGGCCGAGGAGGAGCGCAACGAGCUGCUGACCGUGCUGCUGAACCGGGCGCAGCUGGACAUGAGCACCUGGCGCAAACUCAUCAGCCAGAGCCAGGGCCAGCAGGAGGCGCUGCAGAGCCAGUACAGCGCAUACACGCGCAUGCUGCACGAGAGCGAGGCCACCUUCGCACGCCUCAACGUGGAGUGUAAUGUGCGUCAGUCGGAGGUGAUGGGCCUGAGGAAGCAGGUGGAGAAGGAGUCGGCCACCCGGCUGACGCUGGAGGAGAGGAUCAUGGGUAAACUGCAGGAGCAACUCACCCAUGACAGCGCCGCCAAGUACUCCCGCAGAGUCACCAGCAAGAUGGCAGCCCAGAAGAGGGAUCUGGAGGCGCAGCUGUCGUCGGUGGAGAACGAGCUGGCCCAAGUGACCCUGGCGGCUAGCGAGGCGAAGCAGCGCGUGGAGAACCUGGGCCAGACACUGACCCUGCUGGACCAGGAGAUCACCCAGCGCCACGACCUGCUGACGGCCAGCGAGGCCCAGAUCGCCAAGCAGGUCACCGUCAUCAAGCACAAACAGGCCACCAUCAACGUCUACAACAAGAAGAUCCAGCAGAUUGUGGCCACCACUGGGCAUGAGGACCUGGGCCCUCUGGAGAUCAGGGCGAGCACCCUGAGUAAGGAGCUGGAGGAGGUGGGGGCCGGGAUCAAAGAGCAGCAGCAGUUCUGGCUGAGGCAGCAGGGGGAGCUAGUGAGGCUGUCUCAGGAGAAGCAGGCCCAGAGCUCAGCCCUGCAGAGCCUCCAGACACAACUCACCAUCCUGCAGCAGAGGAAAGUGCGCACCGAGAGUGAGAUUGAGCAGGAGAGGCGUGAGCAGUCGGAGCUGGAGCAGCACAUGAAGAGUCUGAGGGGCGACAUGCUGAAGCUGAACUCGCUGCUCAGUGACAACGGGCAGCUGCGGCAGGCCCUGGAGCAGGGCAACGUCCUCAUGGAGAACCACUUCCUCAGCCGCCUCAAGGAGGCGGAGAGGGACGCCAUUGAGAUGCAGAUGAAGCUGGAGAAGAUUCAGGAGGAGAAGGAGAGACUGCUCAACAGCCUGGUGGAGGCAGAGAGACAGAUCAUGUUGUGGGACAAGAAGACCCAGCUGGUGAGGGAGACGCGCUCAGCUGUGGACUCUGAGAUUGGACAGGGGGACAUCCGCACCAUGAAGACUGAGAUCCACCGCAUGGAGGUGCGCUACAGUCAGUUGGUGAAGCAGCAGGAGCACUUGCUGCGGACAUGGGAGGAGGUGGUGGCGCCAAGGGAGAGUAUCGCCCCCAUUAGCGAGGCCCAGGCACGCCAGUGACCGGGCAAACCACCCAACACCGACCUCCACAACAUCCUGCUGGGCCUGCGCCGCAAGAUCGCCGACACACACAAGCAAGCGGAGCACUGUGAGGGUGUGUUGACGGAGCUGCGGGAGUCCCAGAGCUCUCUGAGCAGCAGACUGAGGGAGAAGCAGCAGCAGCUCACUGAGCUCCGCAGCGCCAGCACCGUCCUGGCCCACGACCUCCACCACCUACAGGACACCAAAGACAAGAACCUGGCCCGCCUGGUGGCCCUGCAGAGCCGGACCAAGCAGCUGCAGCUGGUGCGUGACGAGCGCUACAGCCCGGUGGCGUCCAGCGAGGGCCCGCUGGUCUCGGCCACGCAGCGGGAGGAGGCGCGGCUGAGCAGCGUGGCCGCAGUCCUGCAGCGCGUCUGCCAAGAGCUGCCGCAACACCAGGGGGCGCUACGCCGCAUCACGCUUGCACUCAGCACCCACGUACAGGAGAGCCAGUGAUGGACGGGAGGAUGUACAGGACGGUGGAGGAGGAGAUAAAUAAAACUCAAGGCAGGAGGGUGGACGGUUGGGUUUGGGGUUCAUGAUCUUAGUGUAGUAACCACAGUACAUCCAAGAUUUCAUUUAUAUAGGUAUUAAUGGUUCAAAGGUCAAGUGGGUCAAAGGUCGUGGUUUGGAGAGAUUACAUUAGGAGAGUUUUUGGGGUGGAGGUGUGGAUCAUGGAACACAGCUCCACGACACCAGUGAAGGCAUAUCUGGUUGCAAGAUUUUAUCGCUAUUUUUUAUUUGCCAUUAUAUAUUCAAUAUGCAUUCAAUUAUAAUCUGUACUGAAUAAUAAAAAAAUUGUGU